AUGAAUAAUCAAAGACCUCCACGAUUGAAACAGCUGUCUGGAGCUGCUGGAAUAAAAAGAGCGAUGAUUUGGGAAAAAAACGAAAGCAAAAACAAACGAACGCUGUUAGAUUGCCUUCGUUGGACAAAAAUCGAAGAUAAAUGCAAGCAGUUCAAUGAUAUUGAGAUCGGUAUUAAUGACUCUAAUGAGUUGCCAGACCAUAAUUCCGACAAACUUUUUCUUGCCGAUGGCAUCGAUGACUCCCAAAAAACAUCAUCACAUUUAAAAAAGGAUCAGUUGGAUUUUAUACUUGAUUGUCACAAUGACCAACAAACUUCUAAAAGUAAUCUUUCUAUACCAAACUCUAACGAUCCUGCACUAUGGAAAUCAACAUCAGACACUGAUCGAACGAAUAUAAUUCUAAUGGGACCUUCUUCAAAUCCUUGCAAUUUUCCAAGAGAUCAAAAAGAACGCAAAUUCCCUACUUAUAUCUUUUUAGAGGAACAAAGAAACGGAAAAAAAGUUAAAAGAGAUUGGCUCGUUUGGAGUAAGGCUGUGGCAUUACUCUUUUGUUUCCCUUGCUUCCUUUUUGGAUUGUCUAACUUAACCAGACCCGGUGUUCAAUCCAGUUUGUUGUCUUGGAAUGGAGGUAUACAUGGAAAUUGGAGAAAACUUUCAGAUCGCUUAGGAUCUAAUCAAAAGUUGUUCAAAAAUAGGAAUGGAAACUUCCUUGGAGCGCUCGAAUUAAUUGCUCGCCACAACAAAACAUUACAAGAUCAUAUGCAUCUUAUUGCUAAGCACCAAGAAGAAGAAAAACGCAUGCAAGCUCAUUAUUUAUCUUGGAAAUCACAAAAUAAAUUUAUCAAGGAAUGCGGCAAAUUAGUGGUUCGAGAAGUUAUUCGAGAAAUCAAAAAAUCAAUAUAUUUCACCAUCAUCACGAACAGCACUCCCGAUUCGUCCCAAAGCGAGCAUAUAACUUUUGUUUUUCGCUUUUUGCAUUUCAAUGAUAAUCAGCUGUGGGAGGUCAAAGAAAGAUUCCUUAAGCUAGAAGAACUUGAAAAGAAGAAGGGAUCUGAUAUAACAAAGUUGAUAUUGAAUGUGUUGGAAGAGAAUGAGCUCGACAUAAAAAAUUGUCGUGGUCAAGGCUACGACAACGGCGCUAAUAUGGCAGGUAUUUACAAUGGAGUUCAAGCUUUGAUAAGACAGAAUAAUCCGCAAACAAUUUUCAUUCCUUGCUCUGCUCACAGUUUGAACUUAUGUGCAGUACACGCUAUUGAAUCAUCGGCUCCUGCAAAAUCCUAUUUUGGAAAUAUUCAAAAGCUAUACAAUCUGUUCAGCAGCAGCCCAGUUCGUUGGAAAAUUCUUCAGGAAGAGACAGGCCAAUCAUUACAUAAACUUUCUGAUACACGAUGGAGUUCAAUGAUUGAAUCAGUUAAGCCAAUAGCAAAAAAGCCAAGAGAGAUGAUAUAG